GCAAAGCAUCACAAACACGACAAAGUCAAGAAAAUGUUGAAUGCGCAGAGCUCUUUUUCUGCGCAUAGCUUCUCUCUGAAACCUGUUGAGCAGUCGUCCAGUGCGGCUACUUGGUCAAAUGAUCCGUCACCUCAAAGUUUUUCCUCCUCUUCAUCGCAGGACCCCGUCGCAGCUCUAUCAUCGCUCCGCACUCACACUGUAAACGGAUCUACCAGUAAUGCAGCAUCCGGUAUUGUAAACUAUUUGCACAAUCGAACAGCCGAGGACCUGCAUAUAAUCAGGGAAACCGCGGAGGGUUUUGCGUCUUGCCUUGCUGCUGAUCAUGCAGCAGUACUGAAUCCUGACGUGGAUUCUCCUUUUGUUGACGCAGUGGACGUUGUUCAUCGGCUUCUUCCAUAUCACGUCUUCCAACAACCUCAAGAAGACUUGAGGACCAUCACAGAAAGGAGACGUGCGAAAGGGAAGGGGAAGGCCGACGAUGUGAUCCGGGAUGAGAUUGAAGACACUAAAUUCGCUUUAGAAUGUCACCGCCGACUGAGAAAACUCGAGGCACGAUUUCGACGCGCCAAAAUGAAGUCCGGCGUGCGGCCUUCUCCAGAUGAUCAAGCAUACGUGCUGACUCAAGCUGUGGUGGAGUACGAACGGGCAGAAACUUCUUCUGUCAGCACAGAGUUACGGAACGCACGGAACGAACUAGACGUGUUACAGCGUGAAAAACGCGUCGCAGCUAAUGUCACCGUCAGUUCCUUUCGUCCAACUUAUUAUCCUCAAGCUUCGCAAGCCCAAUACUAUCGCACGUACCCAUACGCAUUCACUCAACCAUAUACCAAUACCUCUCAAGGGACUACAACUUCGAGUUUUUACUCGACGCCCUCAUCAGCUCCUUCAGCCACUCCCGCUACAACAUCGGCUUCUGGUGCAAUUCCUGUACAGCUACCUGUUAGUUCGUUGUCUGCCCUACAUGCCCUCGGAAUAGUGCCGAUUCCCGCUGCUUCCCUCCCGCCUUCAGAUCAGCCGCAGCCGCCAGCUGUGCUACGAGGGUCUACUUCCAAUGGAACAAUUCUGAGUCUCGAGAUAAAUGUGUCGCUGCUACAGUCGCCGCAAGUGAGCGGGUUGGCAUAUUUAUUGAAUACUAUGAUGUCGAGAGGUGCGACUUCUGGGCAAGGGAACACUAGUUCGAUAACAGGGGGGCAGCCGUCGUCUGUUGCUACGGCAGACACCGCAACUUCAUCACAUACGGAUGGCCUGUAAUCGAGCAGGGAGUUGGGUCAUGAUGAUGGUGGGACACUUAUUCCUGUCGCACCUACGGGGUAAUGCGAAUUAUAGUAGUAGUUCAUUGUACGCUAUGUCGGCGA